GCGCAACAUCCGGCGACAAAGCAAACAACGAUCGCUUUUCGUCGUGUUCCCUGAGGUCCAUUGACCCUGUGCUGAACACAAAAGCACGUUCCACAAAAGGAUGCUUUACAGAACCUCAAAAUUCGAUAUGUGGCAAUGGAGUGGUUGAACCUGGUGAAGAAUGUGAUUGUGGUUGGGAAGAAGACUGCAGGGACUCCUGUUGUCAUCCUCAAAGGCGCAGGACACCUCCACCAGAUGAAACGCCCUGCACGCUUACUGCACGAGCCGUUUGCAGUCCGUCACAAGGGCCUUGUUGUACAACCGCCUGCCAGCUACGUUUCGGCGACCGGUGCCGUUCCGACAACGGAUGUAGAGAUGCUAGUUAUUGCGCCGGAAGCAGCGCUCUGUGUCCGCCGUCUGUUAACAAACCGAACAAAACAAUUUGCAACGAAGACUCUGUAUGCUAUAUGGGUGAAUGCACUGGCUCCAUUUGCCUGGCUUACGGUUUGGAAUCGUGCCAAUGCACCCGUACAGAUGAUGAUCCGGCUACGAGAUCUUGCGAAUUAUGUUGCCGAAUUCCGGCUUCCGCAAGCAAUUUGCUUUUUGGUGAUUUCGAAGGCGAUGGCGAACGCGACUUAUGCGUUAGCUCAUUCCAUUUAAACGAGGCGCCUUACGAUGUUCCGGAUGCUCAUGUUAAACCUGGCACGCCUUGUAACGACUAUAACGGUUAUUGUGAUGCUAGCCACGUGUGCAGACUGGUUGAUCCAUCAGGCCCCCUUGCAACUUUAAGAAGACUUCUGCUAUCCGAACGAAGUCUAGCAGGAAUCAAACAAUGGGUUACUAAACAUUGGUACGCC